AUAGAGAUUCGGUAUUUCAAAAACAUAAAUAAGACCUCGAUAUCUCUCUUUAUUGUCAUCAUCAUCCUCUUCAUCUUCACUUCCACUUCAUCAUUCAAACUUGAAUAGAGGCACCAUUUCCGGUUCUCCAUUCCUAUCGAUCAUCAACAUGGUUCAAAUUUCCAAAAUCGCUUUUGCACUUUCGGCAGCGUGCCUUGCACCUGUCAUUGCUCAUCCAGGCGAGCACCAUGAUCACCAUGCUAUCGAGCGAGAAAUCUUCGCUCGUAAUAUAAUGGCUUCUGCUGCCAAACGGUCUCUCGACUCUUGCUCUGGAUCUUUGAAGCAUCGCCAACUUACUGCACGAUCCGUUGCUCGUCGUGCAGAAGCUGCUCGUUCUCUUCGAGCUAAGCGAGACAUCAAGACUUGUGAGUAGACGCAUUUGCAGCAUUUCUACUUGAAAGCUACUACAUCUACAUUCUACUGAGGAUCAAUACUAAUCUAAGAAUAGUGCCCAAGAAAUUCCGUCGUGAUCUCGCCACACUUGAGGUUUAUGAGGCCAUCAACCACAAUGAAACUGGUGUGCUCGAUUACAGCUUCGACACCCCCGAAUCCACCAUCUUUGCGGCUAAUACCUCGUGCAUUCUAACUCCUGCCGUCACGGACGGUCCUUACUAUGUUGUCGGCGAAAGCAUCCGUCAAGACGUGACUGACGGACAACCCGGUGUCCCCCUCCACCUCGAAGUACAAUACAUUGACAUAACCACCUGUAAGCCCGUUCCAAACAUCUACAUCGAUAUUUGGAAUGCAAAUGCCACCGGCGUCUACGGCGGUAUCAACAUUACUGAUAACGUAGCCGACGGGGGUUGGAAUUCUACUUUCUUGAGAGGUAUCCAAGCUACUGAUUCCGACGGAGUCGCAACUUUCGAUACCAUUUUCCCAGGUCAUUAUACAGGGCGCGCAACCCACACUCAUCUGCUCGCCCACACCAACGUUACCGUUUUCCCCAACAACACCAUUCAAGGAGGAGCCGUAACACACAUUGGACAAGUUUUCUACAACGAGGUCCUCCGUACCGCAGUCGAGGCUACAUACCCGUAUAACACCAAUACUCAACCCAUCACCAGCAACGCCAAUGACACGUAUUCCGUUAUCCAAGCCGAGAGUGAUUUUGAUCCGUUUCUUGAAUUCAUGUAUUUGAGUGAUGAUAUCACGGAUGGAUUGUUGGCGUGGAUUCAAAUUGGUAUUAAUACGACGGCGGAUUGGUCUAAUGAUACUUACUACAGUGUUGCUGCAAAGCUGCAAGCUGAUGGUGGACACCCGGGUUCUACUGGUAAUGGUUUCUUUGAUACUGGAAAUCCUGGGGCUGGUUAUGGAACUAGCUCGUGGAAUGGAACCGCAGCAUCUUCUUAAGGACUUUAUUCCAGGUUCGAAUUUAUUCCUAAGCCUCCUGUUCCUGUAAAUAAGAUGUCCGUCCAAGUACUGUAACGGAACUACAAGGCUACUGUUUUCUGUUCACCGCAUGUUAGAUAGAUCAAAUAUACUUUUUGGCCUAUCUUGGCACAUGACAAGAAAAAUUCAUCUAUGCAUGAGUAAUGAUUUGGUGAAUUUUUAGUCUUAUGAUAAACAAUUGAUAUUAUUUAGAAAUCUGU